CUUAGAAUUUGUGUGAAAGUGACCUUCGCAGCUUAAAUUACUCAACUGAGGAUGUGAGCCUAAUUUGUGAUUCAUGUUUUUUUAUUUUCAUCAGACCAACUAGCGACAAAGAGUUCUGGUUCGCAUGGCAACACAGGCUGCUUUUUAAACGAUUCAGAAAUUGGGUCUCAUUGCAAAGCGGGAGACAAGCACCCUUUAUAAUUUUCAAACUGAAUGUUAAAUUACUUUUGGGGUCGUUCUGACCUAAGGCUAGAGAGGAAGACAUUUCCAGAUGAAGACUGUGAAAGAAUCAUUUUGACUGUUUUUAUUUUAUUUAUUGAGCUGUUGUGGAUAUUAUCAUUUCCCAUCGACCCAACCACACAGAUGGCAAGAUGAGCAUAUGUAAGGUAUUUUCAAAGAUGUUGAGCUGCUGAGGGUUAAAUCAACCCUACACUUAAGAGGAUCAGACGGAAAAACAACACCAUUAUACCAAACCUUUGCUGUAGCCAGGCACCAGACUGAGCUUGAGCAAGAAAAAAAAAAACAACAAAACUGCAGCGCUUUUAUUUCUUGCUCCUCUGUGAUGGAGACGAUCUGGGAAGGAAUGGCAUCUGCACGGCAGCUGGCAGAAAAAAAGGAAUCUAACCCUUGCCCUUGGCGCUACAAGUAUCAUGCCACAGACAGCGCGUUGAUCUGAACCUCAGCUCUAAGAGGACACAGGAUGGCAGGAGGUGAAAGGAAGAGCACAGGGAUGAGCAGAAGGUUAUACGUGGUGUUGUUAGCAGUGAUCGUGUUUCUGGGAGCUGAUCUGAGCUGGCUUGGCUUAAAAGACCAGUUUGGGGUCCGUGCCCAGAACAAUGAGAGAAGAGUCCUCGCACAUAUCCCCGGUGACAUCAUCAUAGGAGCCUUGUUCUCUGUCCACCAUCAACCGCCUGCAGACAAGGUUCAUGAGCGUAAGUGCGGCGCAGUGCGUGAGCAGUAUGGGAUCCAGAGAGUGGAGGCCAUGAUGCACACUCUGGAUCGAAUCAAUGCAGACCCCACUAUCCUCCCGAACAUCACCCUGGGCUGUGAGAUCAGGGACUCAUGCUGGCACUCUGCAGUGGCGCUGGAGCAGAGUAUCGAGUUUAUCCGGGACACAUUGGUGUCCACUGAGGAGGAGGAGAGCCAGGGCAAAUGUACGGCGGAGGCAGGGAGCUUGCUUGUGGCGGGGAAGAAGCCCAUCGUGGGACUGAUUGGGCCGGGUUCUAGCUCCGUGGCCAUCCAGGUGCAAAAUCUCCUCCAGCUCUUCAACAUCCCACAGAUAGCGUACUCAGCCACCAGCAUGGAUCUCAGUGACAAGAGCCUGUAUAAAUAUUUCAUGAGAGUGGUGCCAUCAGAUAUGCAACAGGCCAGAGCCAUGGUGGACAUAGUCAAAAAAUACAACUGGAGCUACGUGUCAGCGAUACACACCGAGGGUAAUUACGGUGAGAGCGGCAUGGAGGCGUUUAAAGACAUGGCGGCAAAAGAGGGGAUCUGCAUCGCGCACUCCGAUAAGAUAUACAGCAACGCAGGGGAGCAGAGUUUUGACAAGCUGCUGCAGAAGCUGCGAGGCCACUUGCCCAAAGCCAGAGUGGUGGCCUGCUUCUGCGAGGGCAUGACAGUCCGUGGCAUACUGAUGGCCAUGAGGCGACACGGCUUGGUGGGAGAGUUUCUGCUGGUUGGAAGUGACGGCUGGGCCGACAGGUACGAUGUGACUGACGGCUACCAGAAGGAAGCAGCAGGCGGAAUCACGAUAAAGCUGAAGUCUGCAUAUGUGACUUGGUUUGAUGAUUAUUACCUGAACCUGACGCCUGACAACAACCAGAGGAACCCCUGGUUCCCUGAGUUCUGGCAGCACCGUUUCCAGUGCAGGUUGAGGGGACAUCCUCAGGAGAGCACCGCGUUCAACCGCACGUGUACCUGGAGAGAGUCUUUACGCCAUCAAUACGCCCAAGACACCAAGAUGGGCUUCGUCAUAAAUGCCAUUUAUUCUAUGGCCUAUGGUCUACAUGCCAUGCAGCAAACCCUCUGUCCAGGCUAUAAGGGUCUGUGUGAGGACAUGCGGCCCAUCGAUGGGCGCAAGCUUCUGGAGUUCCUGAUGAAGACCAACUUUACAGGAGUGUCUGGGGAGACCAUCCUCUUUGACCAGAACGGAGACUCGCCUGGCAGGUAUGAAAUCAUGAACUUCAAGCACAUAGGCGACGAUGAGUACGCUUACAUCCACGUGGGAAGCUGGGAUCAGGGCGGCUUGAAGAUGAACGAUGAGGAAAUCUGGAGUAACAACAGUGACGUCAUCAUGUCAGUCUGCUCCGAGCCCUGCCAGAAGGCACAGAUCAAGGUGAUCCGUAAAGGAGAGGUGAGCUGCUGCUGGACCUGUACUCCCUGCAAGGAGAAUGAGUAUGUGUUCGACGAGUACACUUGUCGAGCCUGUAUCCUGGGUUCCUGGCCCACGGAUGACCUCACCGGCUGCGAGCCGAUCCCGGUGCAGUAUGUGCUGUGGGGGGAUCCGGAGCCCAUUGCUGCAGUGGUCUUCGCCUGUCUGGGUCUCCUGGCCACACUGUUUGUCACUUCUGUCUUUAUAAAGUUUUGGGAUACCCCUGUGGUCAAGUCAUCCAGUCGGGAGCUGUGCUACAUCAUUCUGGCUGGAAUAUGUCUGGGCUACCUGUGCACCUUCAGCCUCAUUGCCAAACCACACAUAGUCUACUGCUACCUCCAGCGGCUGGGAAUCGGCCUGUCUCCAGCCAUGAGCUACUCCGCUCUAGUCACCAAGACCAACCGUAUAGCACGGAUCUUGGCAGGGAGCAAGAAGAAGAUCUGCACCAAGAAGCCGCGCUUUAUGUCCGCCUGCGCACAAUUGGUCAUCGCCUUCCUACUCAUACUGCUGCAGCUGGGAAUUAUUGUGGCUCUGCUUAUCAUAGAGCCACCACAGGUUAUCUAUGAUUACCCCAGCAUCCGUGAGGUACACUUGAUCUGCAAUCUGACCACUCUGGGGGUGGUGGCGCCGCUGGGCUACAAUGGCCUGCUUAUCCUCAGCUGCACCUUCUACGCCUUCAAGACUCGUAAUGUACCAGCUAACUUUAACGAGGCCAAGUAUAUUGCCUUCACCAUGUACACUACGUGCAUCAUCUGGCUGGCCUUUGUCCCGAUUUACUUUGGCUCCAACUACAAGAUCAUAACCAUGUGCUUUAGUGUCAGCCUCAGUGCCACGGUGGCUCUGUGUUGCAUGUUUGUCCCCAAGGUGUACAUCAUGCUAGCCAAGCCCGAGAAAAAUGUCCGCAGUGCGUUCACUACAUCCACGGUUGUGCGCAUGCACGUGGGUGAUGCCAAGAAAGCUACCAAGACCGGCAAAGCCUCGAGCAGCAUGGCCAACUUGUUUCGACGCGGAGGCUCUUCGCAGGACAACGUUAGUUCCAAUGGGAAAUCUGUGACCUGGACACAGAACGAGCAGAGCUACAGGCCAAACCUGUGGAAAAGGAUGUCCUUCCACGUCAAGAAAAAGGACCCAGUCGAGGCGAAUCAGACGGCCAUCAUCAAGCCCUUCUCUAAAGGAGGAGACACGCCUGCGGACUGUGUCGUCAAAGAAGAGCCACAGCUGUCCCCGUCUUUCACCUGCACGCCCACUCAGUCGCCUCUUCCCGCCGUCAGCCAGCAUGUGGCAAAGCCGAGGGGUCUCCAAGGGGGGGAGGAUGGCGGCGAGCAGGUGCAGGUUUUACCUACCUACGUACCUGAGCACCCUGCUGGGGUCAGAAGAAGAGUUGGGGACAACAACCCCACACCCCAGGGUGUCGCUGUGGUGGAUGGCGGGGAUAUCAGCAUUAUAGGCGUGGGUGACAUCGGCAUAGGGAUGAUUGGCGGCCAAACUCAGGGUACCACCAUCAUGGACCAAAUCAGCUGCGUGGUUAACCGCUUCACCGCCAACAUCAGUGAGCUGAACACCAUGAUGCUGCCGGGGGGCGCCACCGUCAGCCCGCCCUCCACCGCUGCCGUGCCCGCUGCUGCAGACACCACCCCCUGCCCGCCUCAGUACCUCACGCCCAGGAACAGACAGGCCCCCUCCAGUGUCACCACGUACGCCGAGGUAAGCGCCGUCUCCAGCUUCUGCGAGAAUCGACCAGCCGGCAAGAUUUACGAGCACCUGGCCGGGACUUGCGGGAGACGCGCCAAGGACAUGGAGGAGCUGAUGGCUCUGACGCCCCCUUCUCCGUUUAGGGACUCAUCCCUGAGCUCCAAUGGCAGCUCUCCCCCCUCCCUGUCCCCAGCCUCCGAGGCUGAAUAUGACCAACUGCUGCUGAAACACUACAGCCAGAGCUCCUCCUCCCUUUAAACCCCGCUUCUCGACACGUUUUCUCCUUGUUCAUCCCUUCUUUGGACCAUUUGAAACUCCUUAAGACUCAUCUUCGGACGGGACCAAACUAUUUGAUGCCUUUCUACUCGUGGAUAUUAUGAAUGUUUAAGCAAAUUUUGUAAAAAAAAAAACAUAUCUUCAUUUUCAGAUGGGACUGAGUGCACACAAACACAUGCCCACGUUGGGAGGAUUGAGAGAAGAAUUUAAAUAUAUUAUCCAGUGCUGAGCAAUGCGCAACCAAGUGGAUAAAAAUAUGGGGACACAUAUUGGCAAUUUUUGUGGCGCGUUUCAAACUGAGUUUUAAACUCCAAAGACAACAAAAUUCAAAUGGCAUUUUUAUUUUAUUAUAAGGUAGUUAUCAGUCAUAAGUGGAAGAACUUCCCAAUUAUCUUCAUUCUUUGUUUUUGUUUUUAUUUUGUUGUUUUUUUUGGCAUUUCUUAGGGUUAUGUCAAAAUAGCAGAUGACUCUCAGUAAGGGCAUGUGGUUUUCUAGGAUCUAGGAAGUACAGGCGUUACAAACAAACUAAAGAUGGCUGUAUUUGGGUUGUAUAGUUUUUCGUUAUCCUUUAUCAUAAUAAUAGAAAGUGUAACGUGUUUUUUUAUUGCUUGCUGUUGACCUUCUAUUCACAAUGUGAUGUUUGUGUUACUGACAAACAGCCCUCACCUGGAAUACUUUGAGGCCCAGCUGGACGCAGAUUGUGUCAGCGUGAAGGCGAACAGCUCGAACAACCUCGUCUGAAAUCAAAAGGUCAGAAAUGACUCAUACGUCUUGCCCCCCCUAAUUUGUCGCCAGAGACUGUAAGAGAGCUUUUAGCAUGCUGGUGCCGGUGGAAAAAGGUGUACAGAUGCUGUGAAUCACAAAUCAGAUUUUUCUGUACACACGGCGUUGCCACUGACCUUCUAUUUUCUGUGGAAGAAAUGCCGAAACCUCUCCAGGAACUCUUUGUAUCUCAAGUGGAGACAAUCAUCAGACGCUUAACCCACACAAAAAACUUAUGGGUUCUUUAAAUCUUUCAUCUAGACGUGACUUAGCUGAAUGUACGAUAAGUUUGCGGCGGACCAAAAUGAUCUUCCAGCUCAGGAUGUGUCUGAACCAAAAUACUUUUCGACUUCUGCUCUUACCUGCCGAACGAGCGUGUUGGCUCAAAAAGUGUUUCCAGUUUGCAUGAUGUCAAGAUUGUUUGCCUCCCUGAGUCAUGUUGGUCAUUAAGUACUUUUCAAGAACUUAAUGUCGUAUAAUUAAUAGUAGCAGACUAAUGAUACUAUUAGUAAUAUUGAUGUGUUUUUAAGGUUACUUUUAGGAGGGAAGACGUGACCUGAUAGUGUGCCGGAGUUUUUAGAUAUCUUUUGCAGAACAGCCUGUUUCUGGCCUUGCUUUCUACUUACAUUUUGUGCCAAUGUCUCUUUGCAGUAAUUUACAUUGUGUUUCUAUAAACUGGGUCACACUGAAUAUGCACUUGAAUAUUUCAACUUGAUAUUCUUUUUUUAUUCUUCUUUUUGUAUCUGCAUUUUGGCCUCUUUGAAGAUAUACAACAAUAGUUUGAACUCACAUGUUCGCAGCUUCUACCUGACUUUAACUGAUUCUUUCCUUCUUGAUUAUAUUUUCUGCUACACGCACAGGAAUCUGUGCAUGUUUUUCAAAUGGUGCAGUAAUUUUUCAGUGUGAAAACCCUCUGACAGAAUUACCAUAUUUGCAUGCAGGUUUGUGCCAGCUCCAGUUUUGCAUUAUGCUUUAUGCCAGUAAUUCACUUAUAUAAUUUAGAGAAUGUUUGUCUCAUCUCUCAUCUGCUUCUCAGAUUUAAAAUAUACAUUUGAAUUAAAGGUUGCCAUAUGGAA